AUGAUGGUGGUUGCUACUGAAGCUACAUCCAAUGGGCUUCAACAACAACAACAUCAUCAGCAACAACAACAGCAGCAGCAGCAGCAACAACAACAGCAGCAAGCACUCGCUCAACAACAGCAACAACACCAGCAACAGCAUCAACAACAACAGCAACACACACGUCAAAUUAUUACCUCUACCUUAGCACAACACCAACAACAAUUGCAAAACAACAACACAACCAUAAUAGCGACACAUGCAGCCAAUGGUGGCUCUUCGGCUGCCAACGCUGCUGCGACAGCAACAAUAGCUGCAGCACCGUCCAAUCUUGAAGCGUUUUCCAAUAUUGCAACAGCAGCUCAAACACUCGAAUUAAGUUCCAUAAAUGCCGCUCAAUUAGUGGGUGGCCAUUUAACAGCCAAUGGUGAUUUUGUAACUAUGGGUGGUGUGGUCGUCGGACGCAUACAUCCAGCACCUGGUGGCGGUGGUGCGUUUUUGCAACAUCAAUUGCGAAUACAAACCCCCCACUUGGGUGUUAUUAAAAUGGAACCAUCACCCCACUCCACAGAAUACAAUAGUAAUAGUAACAACAACAAUGCCAAUAAUACAACGAGACAUGCCAAUACGGCAAAUGAAGGAUGAGUCCCCGACUAUGAGACACUACUGGAAUAUGUGCUCAACGAAGAUGACAAAUGGGUAGAAAUCAACGGCAAUUUUGUUAUGGACUCUUCCAAAUAAAUAUAGCCCAAACAGAGAUACAAUUUACGAUAAAUGUAAAUCCAAUUUAUUGCAAAAAUAUGCAGUAUCGAAAGGUCGUGUAUUAUUAUGUUAUAUUGUUGUCACAAAACCAGAAAAAAUAUCAUUAUUGUUGUUAGUUGUUGUUAUUUAAUACCACACAAGAAGAAGCUGAAAAAAAGUAUUUCUUUUCAAAAAAGGGAAACCCGAAAAAAUAAACAUCCAAGAACGAACAUGAAUGUAAAUUAAGAAAAACUAAAGAAGAAACUAGUUAUUGUUAAACAAAACUAAGAAGCCGAAACGAUAAUACUGUACAACAAACAUCCUUGCUCCAAUAGUCUUCAUUUUUGACAGUUUCAGAGUUACCGCUUGCUGCUCCUACUCCUUCAAUUCCUCCUUGCUGUUGACUGGCUAUAAGAAACGGUAGCAACCAAACCAUCUCCUCUAAGCAUCAUAAUUUGUAGUGAAAAUAAACUGAAUGAAAUAAAACUACAAACAACAAGUCUACACAAUGAAUCCUAUCAAAUACAAAUUAGUAGAACACUAUAAGUAAUCAAUAAUUUACAAAACAAAACUAAAGAAAACCACAUCCCUGAACUAAUUGUCUUGUAUAGGUAAUAAAGUUGUUUUAAUUUUUAAAUAUACGUACUUUUUAGUUUAUUUUUAUCCUCUUAAACUGUAUCAUUUUUUUUUUAGUAAAAUUUCUUAUUUUGAAAACAAGUCUUUUAUUUAAAGUUAAGAGGACAAAUCACACCUAUGUUUGUUAAACAAAUUUUGAACAAUUGUAAUUUUUUACAAACAAGAAAAGAAAUGAAUCAGGAAACACACGCAACAAGCACAUAGAAACAAGCAAAAAUCAUUAAUCAAAAAUAAAUAGUUCUAAACAAAAUAAAGCAACAGUAAUGAGGUGGACAUGUGCUAUGCAAGUAGAAAUGGGUUGAGGAUGUUUGAAGGUUGGAUACUUUUAAGAGACUAAUUCCCGCUCAUGGGGUAGUUUUUUUUUUUUUAAUUAAUAAGUUGUAUUAAAAAAAAUGGAAAUAACUAACUAAAAUAUUAUUAGUUUGAGAAUAACAACUCCAAUACAGUAAUGUUUUGAAUCGCUUGCUUACGAAACAUAAAUCGAAUUUGUUAUUUCCAAGGAUUUUUUUCGUGUGCGGAAAAAUGUCCAUUGCUUUGGAGGUGAUGAUUAGCAUUUUUCAUUUCCAUUGGCUCACCUAAUGGUCGACUCUAAAUACCCACAACUUUUAAUAGAAAAGAAAAUAAUUCUUUUUUUAUGGCAGCGUUCGGAAAUUUUUAUAAUUUUGUAUGUUUAGUUUUAUUUAUUAUUGAAGUAUAGAUAUUGAAGACAUUUAAAUAUUAUUGUUUAAAAAUUUCAAAUGUUCAUCACCCAAUCCUACUUGCAUAAUGACUUCAUAAUAAUGACUUUGUUUCAACUCAAUAAAAUAUUACAACUUGUUUAUUUAAGUUAUUUGUUAAGUUUUAAAUGUUAAUUAACAAGAAAACACAACAAAAACCAUGAACGUGAAGAAAUCUACUAUUAGUUUGUAAAUUUUCUUUAAGAAAUACACACAAAAGAUAAAAAAACUAAACAUUACCUUUACAUUUAUUUGGAGCAUUUUUCUUUCAAAAGAAAUCACACAGAUACUGGCCAUAUUUAUUCAAUAUCCCUCGUGUCAAAUGGAUCUGAUAAUAGGCUGGAUUAAAGUACUGUGUUAUGGGA